GGCCUGGACGGCGGCCCCGGGCUCGGGGCCCCCGGGGUGGGGGUCCGGCCAUGGCCUUCACGUUCGCCGCCUUCUGCUACAUGCUGUCCCUGGUGCUGUGCGCCGCGCUCAUCUUCUUCGCCAUCUGGCACAUCAUUGCCUUUGAUGAGUUAAGGACAGAUUUCAAGAAUCCCAUUGACCAGUGCAACCCUGUUCAUGCAAGGGAACGGCUGAGGAACAUUGAGCGCAUUUGCUUCUUACUGCGGAAGCUGGUGCUGCCCGAGUACUCCAUCCACAGCCUCUUCUGUAUCAUGUUUCUGUGUGCUCAGGAGUGGCUCACCCUGGGGCUCAAUGUCCCCUUGCUUUUCUAUCACUUCUGGAGGUAUUUCCACUGUCCAGCAGACAGCGCAGAGCUGGCCUACGACCCACCCAUGGUCAUGAAUGCCGACACCUUGAGCUACUGCCAGAAGGAGGCCUGGUGUAAGCUGGCCUUCUACCUCCUCUCCUUCUUCUACUACCUUUACUGCAUGAUUUACACUCUGGUGAGCUCCUAACUCAACCACCACAUCACCAAAGACAGGAAAGGCCGAGGCCCACGCCCUCUGCUGCUGGUGGCGCAGACCGAGCCUGAGCAGGUCCAUCAGGCAGUGACUGGGGGAAUGGAAUUGUGCAGCAGUGGGGCCUACUCAGCUGUGUGUGUCUGUUAUUGCUGUCUGUUACAAUCUUUGCCACAUGGUUGAGCGUUGGGGGCACCGGGGCAGUGCUGGAACCCUGAACCUCCCUUGAGGUACCACUGCAGCUUCUGGAUCCACUCCACAGAGCAGCCCAUGCCAUGCUCCCGGACACUGUGGGUGAGACCUGCAGCCAUUGGGUGCAGCCAAGGACCAGAGCCUCAGGGCUGGACCAUGCUUGGCCAAGGGCCAAGGGCAACCAUCGGCAGGACUGCUGACAGCCUCAAGGGUGCUGUGGGCUUCUCCACUUUUGGCAAGGCGGAAGGCUGUGCGGCCUCCCUCUGCUGUGGCCAGCCUGAGCAGGCUGUGCAGUCUGCUUUCUGAGAGCCUGGGGCAGCAACUUCUGAGUGGGAAUGGAGUGGGAGGUUGGAAGAUAGUGUCCAGCCUCAUGGGUAAGCCUGGGAGGGGGAGAGUGGAAAAUGUUUUUGUUUUUUUUUAAUUUGCACAUAUUCAAGAUGUGAGUUCACCAUCACUGGUUGUUUUGCUCUGCACUACACCUGUCAGAGCCAUCUAAUGUAAAGUGGCUGGUCCGCGCGUGCCAAAGCUGCCUUUCCAUAAAAGCCUCAAGGAAUGCCCAGCCAGAAAGUCCUGCAUGGCUGCCCUAUGCUGCGGCACCCACAGCCAGGAAGUGGGACAGCACAACCCUGGCGUCGGUUCAGGAUGCGGAAUUGCUUCUCCUGUUCCAUCAACAUGGGGACCUCAGUGCACUCAGAAUUUCUGCCUGGCUUUCUCUCCUUUUUGUGGUGGGAGUUGGGUGGCAAGGUUGAGAUUCUUAUGAUGUUUAAAUUCGGCACAAUGAUUUCCACCCGAUUCCCCACGCUUCCUUGCUUCUCUUCUGUUUGGCAAACGUGGGCUACUUAUAGUUGUGCCUGGCUCACGUCUGAAGCCUGCGACUCAGGCUCAUGAAUGGCGGUGGUGUAACACAGUGUGAUGUGUGUAACAUGCAGUGGCGACCUGUGUGUCUCCCCUCUUGCCUGUGUCUCUCAUCUCCCACCCAUCCCUCUCACCUCUUCCCCUCCAGCCUGUGCCUCACCUCCCAGCUGUGUGUGUCUCACCUCUUCCUCUCCAACCCACGCAUCUCACCUCCCCCUGCCUGUGGCUUUCACCUCCAGCCUGUGUGUCUCACCUCCAACCUGUGUGUCUCACCUCCCUGGCUCUCCUUGUACCCUAUCACGGUGCCUUACUCACCAUAGGGUUGACAAACUGGUGGUAGAAAUGGCAGAACUGCCAGUGACAUGGUGCUUCUAAAAGAUCUGUGGGAAACAAGAUGCAGGCUUCUGCCUCGGGUGAUGGUGUGAAUCUGGAAAGGCAGAGGCUGAAUGGGGGUCAGGUGGUCCAGGACCAGGCCCUUCUGGCAGAGCUGCCUAUACGCCUCCACCUUCAGGGCUUCUGGGUUCCUCUGAGAGCCCAGUCACCUUCACCCCAUAGAACAAGCCCCACAUUUUGGGGUGUAGACAGAAAAUCUAGGCAACUUCUCCCCACAAAGUGGAGGGUUUGCUUCACACUUUGAUUCUUUCUAAAGGGAUCUGAGGUGGUUCACAUUGGAGGCUUGAGUGCACAAAGAUGGUUAAAGUGGAGGUAGGAAAUUUAAUGCCAGCCUAGCCUCCCAGUGCAAUGGAACAUGGUCCUGACAUGAUCAUUAAUUGUGAAUGAUAACAGGUUGCAUGAUAUGCUUCACAUUUUUUAGAUUGCACAAUGGGCCCUUGCAAUACCGUGAAGUCACAACUGUUCUUAUUUUGUCUGUAAGCCCAAGAUCUGAGCAGAUAAGGGGCUGGCCUGCUUUAGAACCCUGACUCAAACGCCCCCAUUCUUUUUAUCACACCAUGUUGCAGCAAGGAGUCUUCUUAUAGUCGUGGUGCACUGACUUUCAGGGGAGAUUUAGAACACACUCUGGAGGAAGUGUUUGCACCUGUUCUCUUUCUGGUGGCUGUCAGGUCCCUUGAGGCAGGGCUUUGCAAGGUGUGGACAUCUCCUGGCACCUUCAUUUACAAAAGAGACAACCAGAUAUCCCUGCCACAAGCUCUGAUGUUGCACAUGGGGUCUUCAAGUCUGGGUGAGUUUUCACUCCUAGGAGAAGAGCUGGUACUGAUGGCCAAGAUGAGAGUGUGGCAUGGACUGCAUUACAAGGCAUGUGGCCUGCCUGCAUUUACUAC